UGGCGUGACACUCUCAACAGCAAAUUAAAUUAUGUUAGAAACGCCGAUCGGGUCUCAGAGACAUAUGUCUGUUUUGAUGCGACAUGUGAUGUAGCAUGUCAACCCACCACAAACGACCAAAUAAACCACAACAUGCAUCAAUAUUAGUCACUAUAAACCGACAAAGCUGGAGAGACCCCCACACAGAAAGAAGCGAGUCUUGUCAAGCCGACACAGGCGACGGCAGCAGUUUUCUAGACUGAGGUCCAGGCAUCAGCAGGCCUUGGAGUGCAACGGCAUGAUGGAAGGGGGAAUGCAACUGCUGAACCGAGAUGGCCACAGCAUCUCGCACAACUCCAAGAGGCACUACCAUGACUCCUUCGUGUCUAUGAACCGCAUGCGUCAGCGCAGCUUGCUCUGCGACAUCGUGCUCCAUGUGGCCAACAAGGAGAUCAAAGCGCAUAAGGUGGUGCUGGCCUCCUGUAGUCCGUACUUCCAUGCCAUGUUUACAAAUGAAAUGUCCGAGAGCCAUCAGACCCAUGUGACCUUACAUGACAUUGACCCUCAGGCUCUGGAGCAGCUGGUGCAGUAUGCCUACACUGCUGAGAUCGUGGUAGGGGAAGGAAAUGUGCAGACCCUGUUGCCGGCAGCAAGUCUCCUGCAGCUCAACGGUGUGAGAGAUGCCUGCUGCAAAUUCCUCCUCAGCCAGCUGGACCCCUCCAACUGCCUGGGCAUCCGCGGCUUUGCGGACACUCACUCCUGCAGCGACCUGCUCAAGUCUGCCCAUAAGUACGUCCUGCAGCACUUUGUAGAGGUUUCCAAGACCGAGGAGUUUAUGCUGUUGCCACUGAAACAGGUGUUGGAUCUCAUCUCCAGUGAUAAUCUGAAUGUCCCAUCGGAAGAGGAAGUCUACAGAGCAGUGCUUAGCUGGGUCAAACAUGACAUCGACGGGCGGAGGCAGCACGUGCCACGGUUGAUGAAAUGUGUGCGGCUGCCGCUGCUGACACGAGACUUUCUGAUGAGCAACGUGGAUACAGAGCUGCUGGUGCGUCACCACUCCGAGUGCAAAGACCUGUUGAUUGAAGCGCUAAAGUAUCAUCUGAUGCCCGAGCAGAGAGGCGUGCUCAGCAACAGUCGCACCCGGCCACGUCGCUGCGAGGGCGCUAGUCCGGUGCUCUUUGCCGUUGGUGGGGGAAGUCUUUUUGCUAUUCAUGGAGACUGUGAGGCGUAUGACACCAGGACGGACCGCUGGCACAUGGUGGCGUCCAUGUCAACACGACGGGCACGAGUCGGUGUGGCUGCUAUUGGAAAUAAACUCUAUGCUGUUGGAGGGUAUGACGGCACUUCUGAUUUGGCAACUGUAGAAUCAUAUGAUCCAGUAACCAACGCGUGGCAGCCUGAGGUCUCCAUGGGAACGAGGAGGAGCUGUUUAGGUGUAGCGGUACUGCAUGGACUGCUUUAUGCUGCCGGAGGAUAUGAUGGUGCUUCCUGUCUCAACAGUGCAGAGAGGUAUGACCCUCUGACCAGUACCUGGACCUCCAUUGCUGCCAUGAGCACCAGGCGGCGAUAUGUCAGAGUGGCUACGCUAGAUGGGAGUCUGUAUGCAGUUGGUGGGUACGACAGCUCCUCCCACUUGGCCACGGUAGAAAAGUACGACCCGCAGAGUAAUACGUGGACUGCCAUUGCCAACAUGCUGAGCAGGAGAAGCAGUGCAGGGGUGGCAGUAUUGGAGGGCAUGCUUUAUGUUGCUGGGGGCAAUGAUGGCACCAGCUGCCUGAAUUCCGUGGAAAGAUACAAUCCAAAAACCAAUACUUGGGAAGGAGUGGCGCCCAUGAACAUUCGCAGGAGUACUCAUGACCUGGUUGCCAUGGACGGCUGGCUGUAUGCAGUUGGAGGCAAUGACGGCAGCUCCAGUCUCAAUUCCAUAGAGAAGUACAACCCUCGUAGCAACAAAUGGGUGGCCGCAUCGUGCAUGUUUACGCGCCGAAGCAGCGUGGGAGUCGCCGUCCUGGAGCUGCUUAACUUUCCGCCACCUUCCUCACCCACUCUUUCUGUCUCCUCCACCAGUCUUUGACAAAGGGUAAAGACCCGGCUUAGCUCCAGCGGCCUGCCCUGCGUGGCCAAGAGGCGCAACUGUUCAGUGUGAACACUGAACGACGAGGAGUGUUUAAUGGGCCGAGUGCCCUUCCUCAACCUGGAGGAACAUGGCAGCAUUCCACAGAUCAUGAGAGUAAACGGUGGGGAAAAACACGCUCUCACACACUUCAGACCUCCACGAUCCUCACCCUUGAAAAAACAGUGCUUGAAAGUGCAAAAUAAUAUUGCUCUGCCAUUAUGCGGUCACUUUAUGUAUGAUGUAACUAAAUGUAUAUCCCAUAUAUGUUUAUGAUUUUCAAAGAUAUUAAUAUAUAUACAAAAAACUACUAUAGGAAUGUAGCUCUUAACAGGAUCUGCCGUGCAUGUUUACAUAAAUUGUGUCUUAGCAGACAAUGAUAUUGUAGUGCUGCUGUUCCACACUAGGUGGCAGUAAUGUGCAACGCUGCCCCAUCUCACCACAGACUCGCAUGGAAGGUGGCUUUAAAUACACCAGUGUGGUCAAAUCAUGUUAACAACCUAAUAUGUUUAUGUAUUUUCAUAUUUUUUAUUUAUUUACUGUAAUAUAUCAACAUCUGACACUAUUUCAGAAUUGUUUGAAAGAUGACCUGUCUUUAAAGAGGAUGUAGUUUUUUGGAUAAGCUUACAUAUCAGAGGAGCACUGGUGUUAUGAAGAUUGGUAUGAAAUGUGAAUUUAGGAAGCGAAUCAGGUAUUUUUUUAUCGGUUGUGUUCAGUUAAAAAAUGAAAAGGCCUUUGAUAGUUUGAGCUUUUGUGCAAACUUGACAUAAUGCGUAUAUAUCACAGAUACUGCAAACAAUAGCCAUACCUGAACUAUAACUAGCUGUGAUAGAAAAGAUGCACUUUCUCAUGUUUUGAAAGAGUGGUUGGUGCUCACAAGUUUAAUUUCAAUUCUUGCUUCAGUGUGAGUCACAUUUUUUUGGUAUCAGUUUUUUUAUCCCAAACCAAAUUGUAGGUUUCACAUUCAUUGCUAGAGAAGUUGAGCACAAUAAGGUUUUGGGUUUUAUGGAAAUAAAUACUAUAAAUGCAUACCGCUGUAUAUUGUAUCUAAACAUUGUUUAUUUGCCAGGGUUGACAGUUUUCAAAGCUUGAUUAACUGUAGAUAGUUUUGUUUUGUGAUGUUACGACCAUAAAUGUAUUUUACCUCAGACUGGAAGAUUAUUGGUUUUGUGAACAGUUAAGUUAGUUUUCUGAGCUGAUAAGAUUAGUAACAUCACUUUUGCUCACUGCCAUUUCACUCUGAUUUAGAAAUGUAGCAUAAUAUUAUGAUUUCAAAACUUCUGAGAAGUUAUGAUUUAUUUUCCUUGUUUUGAGGACUUAGAGUAACUCGUUCCAGGUCAGUGUAAGUUGAUGUCGAGGGAAAACAAAGCGUGUAUGUUUAUGGACACUGCAGAACCAAUUCUGUACAGCGAGUUCUUCACUUUCAUAAAAACACCCCACUAAAUGAAUUAAUGUAUAUAACCAAAUAUCGGAAACCUUGUGCAAUGUUAAUGUAAUUGUGGCUUUCUUUUUUAUGGUAAUGUUGAAUGUGUCCUUUAUUUAUAUUGGUCUGGUGAUGUUUUGCUGUAUUUAAGAACAACUGUUAAAAUAAGUUUGCACUAAUGUCACAUGGAGCAAUACACUACUGUACAUGAAAUAAAGCUGUUUUCAGGUGGAAUGUGA